AUGGCGGGCGGCGACGAGGUGACCCUCCAGGCAAUCGUGCCGGCGGGCGGCGGGACUUGUCAGGAGGUGGAGCUGAAGGCCAGCCGCAAGGAUACAUGUGCGAAGCUGAAGAAGGAUCUGGAGAAGGCCUUCAACAUCCCCGUGGAUGACAUGGAGAUCUUCUUCCAGAAUGCCGAAGAGGGCUCCAGACAGAAGUGGCUGCGGGACGACGUGAUGCUCGAAGCGGAGGACGUGCGCGACGGGGCCAUCCUGACCGUCGGAGUGCACGGUGUGGCCGGGGGUGGUCAUCAGAACCAUGUGGAAGAUGAGGAUCUUCCGGAGGAUGCAGUGCAGAACUCCAUCGCCGUGAAAGGGGAGACAAGCUACUACUUCGCCCACUCCAGGAAAGCCGACGUGCCAGAAGAGCACCGCAUCGUUUCAGGAG